AUGUAUACUUCGUAAUUUCUAAAUAAAGUCAGAUUUAAUUAUUAUAGCAAAAAGAGAUUGAGUUCAAAUGUUAAAUAUAUAAAUUCAGGAAAUAUGUUAGAAGGCAUUUUCUCAUGUAUUUUUCUUAUAUAUGUACAUACAUAGAUGACUUUCUGACAUUGCUAAAAUAUGGCCAAAGGAAGGGAGAAAACAUGGCCACCUAUGGUGUAUAAAAGCUUACGACCUAAGACUUACAAGCACAGUAAAGUGCUAGAAAGGGAAGGCAAUGUAUCGCUCAAGAAGCAAACUCUUCUGUUACUUUGCGAUCAAUGGAUUAUUGAUGUGCUUGUUGUACCGGAGUGCAGAAGCAAUUGUUGGAGUCGACGAAUGCCAGGCAACCCGUGUGAUACACUUUCUUCAAUAUCCAGGUUGUGUCCCAAAGCCAAUUCCUAGUUACGCGUGCAGAGGAAGAUGCAGCAGCUAUCUGCAGGUGUCCGGAUCGAAGAUGUGGCAAAUGGAGAGAAGCUGCAUGUGUUGUCAGGAGAGCGGCGAGAGAGAGGCUAGUGUGUCCCUGUUCUGUCCGAGGGCGAAACCAGGGGAGAAGAAAUUCCGGAAGGUGAUUACCAAAGCGCCGCUGGAAUGUAUGUGCAGACCGUGCACCAGCGUCGAGGAAUACGCGAUAAUCCCUCAAGAAAUCGCGGGAUUCGCCGACGAGGGUCCUUUUGCAACAUCGGCGCAUUUCAGAAGAUCCUCUGGCUUACAAUAGACACGUAUCUAUAUAAUCUUUUUUGGCGAAUUUAAUAUUAUUCUCUGGCCAUCGAGAUUGUCGUCGAGCAGCAUUAGAUAUUUUAAGAAACUGGUAAGAACAAAUCCUCUUGAAUGUUUUGGUAUUAUAGUUUUCUUCAAAUAUGUAAAAGCGCGGUCGAGACUCUACGACAGAUUUCGAUAUAUGCCUACACAACUCUCUGCGCAAGAAUAAAUCAAAAUAUUUUUAUCUCAUUGACGUGCUCGAGAAAACAAGAUUGAUAACAGUUUUUAUGUAACAUGAAAUUCUUUUCCUUUUUUUAUCUUUUUAUGACAUGAUUUAUGUAUUAUAGAAAUGUGUUCGUGUAUAUAUUUAUGUAUCACGACGUGUUUCGAACACUUGUACAACGAUAUCUUUAUUUAUAUUAUGUAUACAGGGUGUCCUACCAAAAAUGGCCAUCCCUUUUAUCUUUUAAAUUAAAAGAGAUAGAUCGUAACAAAUAUAUAACUGAACUCUAUUGUAAGCAUAAUAGUUGCUUAUAAAAGCUAUUUUUGUGUUAACAAACGGAAAAAUAUGCAUAAUUUUUUUAUAACAAUGUAAAUAUUUCGACAAUAAAAAUUGUAGCGCUGUUUGAAACGAAUACAAGAUGUAAUAUAAAUAUUUUAAGUUUAAUA